AUGGAAAGUGAACAGAACACACCUGGGCUGGGAUCCGUCCAUCUGGCGCAUCCUCGCGCGAUCGCCGCUCUGGUGGUCCUCCAUGGGUACGUGGAGUCAAAGAAUGUAACAAGCCCCACCGAUACAUCGUCAAAAACGACUACGACAACAAAGGCGAAGGAAACGACAACGAAAUCGGUUUCAACUCCGACCACGGUGUCCACGAAGAAGGCCUCACCGGCGGAGAAGAAGCAACCGGGCAGUGAUCGGGAGGCGCGUGGUAAACGAACGCUCGAGUUUGGUAACUUUGGCAAUUACAACUACUACCAGAGUGUACCGGCACACACCGCCCAACGCCGCGUGUCGCACGCGUACCAAGAUCCGGGACAGUAUAAUCACUACCAGAGCAACUUCAUUCAGCCGCAGUACUCCUACCAGCAGCAUCAUCAUACUGGUCCAGCUGGUCCCGGCGCUGUAGGAUCGUUCCAAGGUUUUGAAGGUGAUAGCACCAACAGCAUCGGUAGCUUCCAAUCGCUUCCACCAGUGGUGCAUCCGCACUAUAUCGAACCACCGGAGCCGAUCAUUGAGAUUAUCAUCAAGGAAAGCAACGAUUCGCUACCGCUCGAUACGCAAACCAUCCUUCCAAAGCAGAAGAAGAAGAAGGAAGAGGUACAAGUAUUCUACGUAAAGUAUCACAAGGAUGAAACGAACGGACAGCUCGUACUGGAUGAUCCACUACCGGCAAUUAAGCCUAUUCCGGAUGAGAGUGAAGAAGAGGAAGAUUUGUCGCAGGAACCGAUCGUAGUGACGCCUAGCCCACCGUUGAAGACGACCACGCUACGCGCCGUUAUCAAUCCUGACUCGGAAAAGUACCACAGUAACAGCGGUAUUCGGAUCUCAUUCGGUGUGGAAGAUAAGCACCAGUCUGGCCAUCAGCUGUCGGAGACGGAGAGUGAAUCGGUAGCACAGCCGAUUGUCGCUCUACCGCAGCAUGUUGUUGAUCAGCGUUCCAAAUCGGAUGUGUUCUACCAACAGCAUCAACAGUUCGUACAGCAACAACAUGAUCGCUCGGUGCGACAGCACUAUCAGCAUCAGCCUCAGCCGCAACCGCAACAGCCUCCACCACCACCGCAACAGUACCACCAUCAGUUCAAUGUUCCCGUGCAGCAACCUCAGUACCACCAUCAACCACCGCCACAAGCUCAGCCACUGGUUCAGCAACAUCAGGAACCGCAGAACUUUGGACAACGAUUUGCUCCGGCCACUCCGCAACCCUACCGAGCACAACCUCCACCACCACCACCGCCACCACCACAGCCGCAACCACAGUUCCAGCAGCAUCAACAACACUACCAGCAGCAUUACCAACCGCAACCGCAACCCCAACCGCAACCUCAGCCACCGCCACGUGUAGUGUACCAGCAGGCACAACCGCAACCACAGCACGCCCAACAACAAUACCAGUUCCGUGGACAGUACAAUCCUCCGCAGCAACAACCACAGCCACAAUAUUUCACCCAACAGGCGCCUGUUCCUCAGCCUCGACCGCAGCAGGUUCGCUUCCCUGCACAGCAACCACCCCAGCAGCAGCAGAAUUAUUACCAGCCUCAACCACCUCAGCAGCAGCAGCUACCACAACAGCAACUUCAAUUCCAACGGCAAGAGUACCAGCAACCGAAACCGAUUCCGAUUCCGAUCCACAAUAUUAACCAACAACCACCACUAAGGCAGCAGUACUCUACUCAGCAGCUGCAACCACAGCAGCAGCCUCCUCAGCCACCGAAACCACAGCCACAGUUUAAUCAACCCUUCAACAACUUCUACAAACAGCAGCCUCAGUCCGCACCGCAAGUACAGCAACAACAGUUCCGCAAACCAGCACCACCGCAACCAUCGAAUCUUCAGCAACCUCCCUUCCUGUCGGCUCGCCCUCAGGCACCGCCUCAACCUGCCCAGACAUUCUUCGAUGUGCCGCGUCCCGUGCAGGGUGGAUUAGUGCAACAGGCGGCACCGAACCUAGGCCCCACCCGGGCACCGGAGCAGCACCAGCUGAAGGGACUUUCCCAUUCGAGCCUUUCCGAUAACGAGCACCUCUCUAACUUGAAGCACGUCCUACCGGCGGGUGGCGAAUUGGUGCCAUCGGUGUCGAAGUACGAAAAACACAUCACGGAAACGGUUAAUGGGCCAACGACGGGACAGCGCUUAUCAGUAGGCGUGAACGAAGCAGUGAACCGUCCACCGUUCUAUAACAUUCAGCCAUCACAAGAACUGAUCAGCCAUUCGAUCGAACCAACAAUUGAAACUGUGCAGAAUAAAAACAUUGGCCCGCUUGCUUCAAACAUUGGGCCGCUUCCGACGCCUCAGAAGUACGUCAGCCAACAGGCCGCACAAGUCAUUCCGAACUCGGAACCAAUCAACUAUCGCGUGGACCCUCGCUUUAAUGCCAACUUCGAAGGUGGUGCAUCAACAGUACAGGGCCCAAGCAGUACACCGUCCACUGUAGGUACUACUCGCACCACCUACUCUCCCACAUUCUCCACAACGCCACGUACGACCGUAAAUCGCUACACGGUUCCUCCAUCCCCAACGACGACACCGUACCGCACUACUCGUCCGACAGCGCCGCCGACAACUACGCCGCAACCACGCUCGGCCGCUGAACAAGCUGAAGCCAAUGAGAAGAAACAGAAGGCACUGUUCGAGCUGCCCGAUGAGGUACCGGAUGAUCUAAGAGAACAGUUGCUGUCGUCAGGAAUUCUGGAAAAUGCUGAUAUUAGCGUGCUGGACUAUGACAAGAUCGGUGAGACGGCACUAGAGAACCUGCCGCCAGAGCAUUUGGCGAACUUCUUCAAUGCCGGAGGUGGCUCCCAGUUGGCCGGGUCAAACAAUGUACUAUCUGUAGUAAAACCGAACGGGGAUAAGCUGGCGGAGAAGUUCAUUACCAAGAACUACGACGUUAAGGAUAAGCGUGAUGAGCGCGAUCGGUACGAGAUUGCGAAACCGAGUGAAAGUGGCAGUGAAACGGUUCAGGCUGCGGAAGAAGAUCAACCGACGAUUGUGACGAUGCCGGAGCGGCAAAAUGUGGACUUGAAGGUUGUGCGUUUUGAUUCGAACAAUCAGCGCAACGUGACCGAUCGUUACAUUAAGCAAGACUCAACCAUUCUGUCGUCGGUCGAUGUAACUGGUGAGGAUGAGUCCGGUGCGACGGAUCAGGUGUUCAACCGUUACCUACCGCUAAAGAUCAACGGUGCUCAGUUCCCGAUUCCGGAUGUGGUUGAAUUGCGCGGCCGUAAGAUUGCGAGUGUGGUUGUACUUGCUCCGGUAGAUAACGGACCGACGACGACGCCGGGACGGAAUGCAGACAGUGCCAGCGAGGAGAGUACAUCGAGCGAUUUUCUAAUCAACGCCGAAGAUGACGCGACAGACGAGCAGCAAGAUCAGCAACAAUCACGAUUCGAGCGCGAUGUACUGCUAGAUUCCAAGAAGAUCAAGUUCAUUGCUGGUGAAGCGUUGAAACUGUUGAUUAAGAAACCUUCGAGAGAAAACUUCCGCCGGUGGUUGGACCGCGAGGGCAAAACAGACGUUGAUUUGCAGAGCGUGGUACUAUUGGUAACGAGAAAUGACGAUGAUGAGCAAGAAAUAUUUAUGUACGACAUUGCCACCAAAGGUGUGACACAUCUGAGCGGUGAACUAUCGGCAGCCUUCGUACAGGUGGCCGAAGAGAACGCCAAGACGCAAAACUUCGACGAGGUGCCCAUCGUAGACAGUGGUAUCGUGGAGCAGAUGGAAACGAAGUCAUCAUCCGAAACCAACCCGGACUAUGGUUCAUACGCGUUGACAUCGUCGGAAGAGCUGGACGAUCAAGCGCAAGCCUCCGAGCGGAAAGCGAUUUACGUCUACCCGGAAAACUACCGAGGGUUGGAGGUAAACUCCGGCUACAGUAACAUUAAGAAGUAG